UGAUAAUUAAACAAACAUUCAGACAACUCAGUUGUAUUCCAUUAAUUCGAAGGAAUUGUAAUGUGAAAUGAGUUCUAAAAGUGUUAACGUUUUCGUGAAAAAAAUUAUAUGCAGGGUUACGCAAAAUAAUUUUAAGGUGCAAAUACGUAACUUUAGCGAUAAAAAUGUUAAAGAAACUUCUUUAUACAAUUUACAUAAGAAGUACAAUGGAAAGUUGGUGGAUUUCGCUGGUUUUUACUUACCAGUUCAGUAUGGUGACUUGAGCGUGUCAUCAUCCCAUAUUUUCACUAGGGAAAGUGCUUCGAUUUUUGAUGUAUCACACAUGCUACAAACAAAUGUUCGAGGUAAGGAUUGUAUAUCAUGGUUCGAGUCGAUUUGUCCUGUGGACCUUAAAGGGAUGGCACCUGGGACCAGUUCUUUGACAGUCUUUUUAAACAAGAAUGGAGGAAUAAUUGAUGAUCUUAUAGUUACCAAAGUAAACGUUGACCAGCUUUAUAUAGUCUCUAACGCUGGAAGGCUGGAGGUUGACAAGCAGCACAUGUUAGAAACAUCGGAAAUAUUUCGAAAGAAGGGAAAUGACGUAUCAGUUGAUUUUUGGGAUGUAUCUAAUAGAGCCCUUAUUGCGGUACAGGGGCCAAAAGCGGCGAAAAAUAUUCAACUACUAACAGAUGUUAACUUAGAUGAUUUAAUGUUUAUGACUUCUAGAAUUGGGAAGGUGGCUGGCAUCGAAUGCCGUGUAACACGCUGUGGAUACACAGGAGAGGAUGGAUUCGAAAUAUCUAUCCCUGCAGACAAGGCAGAAGAUAUAGUUGAGGCGUUGUUACAAUCUCAGGAUGUAAAGCUAGCUGGACUUGGGGCUAGGGAUUCGCUACGUUUAGAAGCUGGUUUGUGUUUGUAUGGUAAUGAUAUUGACGAGACCGUUACUCCCGUUGAAGCCAGUUUGACAUGGUUGGUUGCCAAAGCACGCAGAAGUGAGGCAAAUUUUCCAGGUGCGGAUAUAAUUUUACGACAGAUUAAGGAAGGCGUGAAGAAAAGAAGAAUUGGUGUAAGAAUAGAGACAGGAGCGCCAGCACGGAAAGAUGCUAUCCUUAAAAAUGUAAACGGAGAUAAAAUAGGGACGAUUACUAGUGGAUGUCCAAGCCCAUCUCUCGGGGGAAACGUUGCUAUGGGCUACGUUGCCGAAGAAUUCAAAAAAGUCGGCACCGAACUGCUUGUCAACAUACGUGGAAAAGAUGUACAAUGUAAAAUUGUAAAAAUGCCUUUUAUUCCUUCUAAAUACUAUAUAAAAAAAUAAAUCAUCCAGCAUUAAAAAUUAAUUAAUAGUUUUAUUUGCAAUCAUA